GCUAAAUAAGAAGAGGUUUAUGAAGUAGGGGCAUAGAAAAAACACCCAGCAGCACCAAAUUCACGGCGGUAACGUGUUGGUUGAGCGGGGUCUCAAAGAGCCUUAUCUAUUAUUGAGAAGGCUCACAUGAAUAAACGUUAACUCCGCCCGUUUUUAAUCGCUAACGUUACGUCCGAGCGGUGCGGCUUAUUAGCUAAAACAAAGCGGACCCUCAGAACAGUUCUAGCUAGUCUUCGCUUCAGUUACCGGUUAUAUUCCGUUUGACGAGGACACUUUUUGGAAGCAAAUGUUACUGUAAAUCUACACAGACGUCACAAAGGUAUCGGCUUAAGAUGGACCUGAGGUUACUUUUAAUAGCAGCAUUAUCAGCAGCCCUCAAUGGCAGCUUGGCACAGCAAGAUGGAAGCAUAUGCAUCAAGGCAAACGCGCAGUCAUGUGGGGAAUGCAUCCAGGUCUCUGAGAUCUGUGGAUGGUGCACAGAUGAAAAGUUCCUCUCAGAGGGCGAGUCCAAAUCAGCUCGCUGUGAUGAUGUGACCUACCUGAAGAAGAAAGACUGCAAAAAUAUUGAGGACCCCCGUGGCAGCACUGAAAUUACCCAGAACAAAGAUGUCACCGUUCGCAACAAGGAUGGGAACGUAAAACUCAAGCCUGAGGAGAUCACACAGAUACAGCCUCAGAAACUCAAAGUGACGCUCAGAUCUGGUGAGCCACAGACUUUUGACCUGAAAUUCAAGCGUGCUGAGGAUUACCCCAUCGACUUAUAUUACCUCAUGGACCUCUCGUUCUCCAUGAAAGAUGAUUUGGAAAAUGUGAAGAACCUUGGCACUGAUCUCAUGAGGGAAAUGCGGGAGAUCACGUCAGACUUCAGGAUAGGUUUUGGCUCCUUUGUGGAGAAAACGGUCAUGCCUUACAUCAGCACCACACCUGCCAGGCUAAUCAACCCCUGUUCCAACAACGAGAACUGUACGAGCCCCUUCAGCUACAAGAACGUCCUGAAGCUCACCAGCAACGGAGACAGGUUUAACCAGCUGGUCAGUCAGCAGCAGAUCUCAGGAAACCUGGACUCUCCAGAGGGGGGGUUUGAUGCCAUCAUGCAGGUGGCAGUCUGUGAGGAGCAAAUUGGCUGGAGGAACGUGACUCGUCUGCUGGUGUUUUCCACUGAUGCUGGUUUCCACUUCGCUGGAGACGGCAAGCUGGGCGGCAUUGUCCUCCCCAACGAUGGGAAGUGUCACCUGGAAAACAACGUGUACAGUAUGAGCCACUACUACGAUUAUCCCUCUAUUGCUCACCUGGUCCAGAAGUUGAGUGAUCACAACAUUCAGACCAUCUUUGCUGUAACUGAGGAAUUUCAGCCAGUUUACCAGGAGUUGAAAAAUCUUAUUCCUAAAUCAGCUGUCGGCACGCUUUCCUCCAACUCCAGUAAUGUCAUCAAACUCAUCAUUGAUGCCUACAAUUCUUUAUCAUCUGAGGUGAUUCUGGAGAACAGCAAGCUGCCCGAGGGCGUUUCUAUCUCGUACAAAGCCUUCUGUAAAAACGGUGUGCGAGGAACAGAGGACAACGGCAGGAAGUGCACUAACAUCUCCAUUGGCGACGAGGUGUCUUUUAAGAUUUCUAUUGAAUCUCAGAAGUGUCCUUCAGGUGGCAAGCCUGAGGUCAUUACAGUGAAACCGCUGGGCUUCAAUGAGGAGGUGGCGAUAGAGCUCAAUUUCAUCUGUGACUGUGAAUGUGCCAAAAAGGGAGAGCCCAACAGUCCGAAGUGCCACGGGGGAAACGGGAUUUUUGAAUGUGGAGCCUGCAAAUGUAACGAAGGACGUAUUGGGCGUGAAUGUGAGUGCAGCAAAGACGAAGUCCGGUCAGACGACCUGGAUGCUAACUGCAGAAAACCCAACAGUACAGAUAUCUGUAGCAACAAUGGCGAGUGCCUCUGUGGCACCUGCGAAUGUAAGAAGCGGGAGAAUCCUGCAGAAGUCUACAGUGGCAAGUACUGUGAGUGCGACAACUUCAACUGCGACCGCUCUGGCAACUUGCUCUGCGGAGGACAUGGACGCUGCGAAUGCAGGAAGUGCAUCUGUGACACCAACUACACAGGCAAUGCCUGUGAAUGUUCCCUGGAUGAAUCCACCUGCCUUGCCAAGAACGGGCAGCUCUGUAAUGGCCGCGGCAAAUGCGAGUGUGGAAUCUGCAAAUGCGAAGACCCCAAAUUCCAGGGUCCGACAUGUGAGGUCUGUCCGACCUGCCCCGGUGUCUGCACUGAGCACAAAGAUUGUGUGCAGUGCAGAGCGUUUGGGGAUGGCGAGAAGAAGGAGAUGUGCCAAAAGGAGUGCAGCUACUUCAACCUAAUAAAGGUGAAGGACCGAAAAGAUCUACCUCAGCCCACAGACCAGAGCUUCCCCCUGACCCACUGCAAAGAGAAGGAUGCCAACGACUGCUGGUUCUACUACACCUACGCCAUCACCAAGAAUUCCACCAAGGAAGUCUUUGUGGUAGAGAAACUGGACUGCCCGUCAGGACCUGACAUCAUCCCCAUCGUGGCAGGUGUGGUAGCGGGCAUUGUGCUCAUCGGCCUCGCACUGCUGCUCAUCUGGAAGCUGCUCAUGAUCAUCCACGACCGCCGAGAGUUCGCCAAGUUUGAGAAGGAGAAGAUGAACGCCAAAUGGGACACGGGUGAGAAUCCGAUCUACAAAAGUGCCGUAACAACUGUCAUCAAUCCAAAGUACGAGGGCAAAUGAUGGAGCUUUGCCUACUUCGUGACAACACUGUAUGGAAAAGAAAACGGGAGGGGCGGGUUUUAUAAUGCUCACUGUCUUUGUUUGUCUGUUUGUUGUUGUAGCCACCAAAUAAUAGCAUUGCAUUUUGCGGCUCCGUUCUAUUAACUUUUGAUCUUCUAUGCAUCAUCUGUAAUUUGUACAGUAUGUAUAAACGUGUGGUUUUUACGUUUUGGUUUUGUUGAGAGAAUUUUUUUUUUUGUUAAAUAGAAGCCAUCAGUGUUUCGAUGAGCGGUUGAAAUGAAUGUUGAUAAUGGACAGUAAAGGAAGGGUUUCUUUCCAAAUUAGCGUGCAUGCAUACAGUGCAGAGUAGGAGGCAAUCAGUGUUUCAGAAACAGGCAUACAACAGUUUUACUGUGUCUUUAAUCAUUUUCAAUGAGUGGGCGUCUCUUUGGAUCGAGCCCUUCAGAUGUAGUGCCGGGUUUGGCAGCAGCGGGGUGUGUACAGGAAGUGUUUUUGUUUUUUUGUUUUGUUUUUUUUGUUUUCCUGUGUUCUGUGUAAAGCCAUACAUGUAUUCACAGAACAGAGCUGGGGGUGAUGGUAUGUUUGUUUUCAAAGUGACAUAAUCCAUCUGAACAAUCAUUUUUAUUAAAUGUGUCUUUGUGGAGAAAAGAUUUUCUUGGGUUGCCUUACCUGAUGAAGGGCAGCGGUGUACAGUAGUCUUACUGUUCAGCUCCAGGUUUUACUUGCUUAAAUUAAAGCCAACUCAGGUCCUUUUAUUCUUCUCAGCAAUGCCAAAUACACACAAUUCUGCCUUAUUUGCUGACUAAAUUUGCUUAUAUUGUUUUUAUUUGUACAAUGUGAAUGGGGGGCAAGUGUCCUGUUUUACAUCUGAGUUACUACACCUAACUCUUUCAGAGGUGCCUCGAUCAAACGUGCUUAAUUAAAAAGAAAUGGGGAUGAUGAAAAAAAGAGGAUUGAUAAGAGAACUUUUGGAAGGCUAUGCCUGUCAUCAACGUUUAAGUGCCUUUGUUGAUUUCUCCAUCACAUUCACAAUUGCGAUUCUGUUUUCUGGAAUUAUUUAUUGAAUAAACCCCUAAAAAAAAAAUGGA